ACAGUGACAGUGUCUCAUCAAGGGAUUCUAAAUAGGGAGGGAUGGAAUAUCGGUAGUUGGGUUUAUUUAGUGUGGGGGUAUUUUCAUGUGCAUUUUCUUGACAGUUAUGUAUUUCGCAUAAUUAGUAAUUAAAUUUAAUUAUGGCCUGUAAAACGUACUAAUUAAUCUCUUUACGGUCCCUCUCACUCCUCUGUUUCCAGUUCUAUGCUGUUAAUUAGUUACCGCUCCUAAUUUUCUACUUCUACUUGACAAGGCAGGACCUCACUUAUAGGACAUGGCCGGAGAGGCAAGUCAUAAGAAAAAAGGAAAAAUAUCACGACAGGAGUCAAAUAGAUCAGGAAAAGAUUCAGAAAUUGACGUGGAUAGGCCUAUCGCAGGUGCCAGCACUCAAGACAAGACCAGGAGUGGAAUAAGAGUGUACAAAAUUGUGGUUUUAGGUGAUGGGGGUGUAGGAAAAUCAGCUGUAACCUUGCAAUUUGUUAGCCACAGUUUUUUGGACUAUCAUGAUCCAACAAUCGAGGACUCUUAUCAACAACAAGCUGUUAUCGAUGGAGAACCUGCAUUAUUGGACAUUUUGGACACAGCGGGACAGGUGGAGUUCACUGCCAUGAGGGACCAAUACAUGCGAUGCGGAGAGGGUUUUCUAAUCUGCUACAGUGUAACCGAUCGACACAGCUUUCAGGAAGCUCUCGAAUAUAAGAAAUUAAUCCAAAAAGUGAGAGCUUCCGAAGACACGCCGUUGGUAUUGGUAGGUAACAAAUUUGACCUUCACGUACAACGUAAAGUUAGUACAGAAGAAGGUAAGUCUUUGGCCAGACAGUUCGGAUGUCCCUUUUACGAAACAUCAGCUUGUUUAAGAACCUAUGUAGAUGAUGCUUUUCAUACUUUAGUUAGGGAGAUACGGAAAAAGGAAAGGGAAAAGCUAGGAUUGCCCAGCAAUGAACACAAGCCUCAUAGACAUAGCAAAUGGUGGAGGCUUAGGAGCAUAUUCGCGUUAGUCUUCAAGAGGAGGAGACAUCAAAAUUAUAGCUCAUAGGUUUGUGGACAUUGUGGAAAAUUUCAAAUAUUUUUUAACAUCAUUAAUUGUUUGGAUAAAUAUGCUGAAUACGGUUGGAUGAUGCAUUGUUUCUAACAAUGUAUAUAUGAUUUAAUUCAAGAUUUGCCAAAGUAUUAUGAAUAUUAUACAGCAUGUUUGACUGUCUCGUAAGAAGACUAAUGUCUCACUGUCACAAUAUUGUACCUUGUUGUAAUUAAAGGUAGCAGGACCUACCUAUAACGUACCAAUUGAAAAUAAUCACUUGGGAGAACAGUAAGUGAUAUUUUUUUUCUAGAAACACCAGAAUGAUCAAAAUUAGAAUCUGGAUGAUAUUUAUAUUGCCUAUCACUUAGUUUGCGUUUACUGAUUUAGACAUUUAUUUAAAUGUUAAAGCAGAUUAACAAAAGCGAACUAAUUUGUUUAGGUUUUUUACUUGAUUUUGCCGAAUAUUAUAUCCGAUAUCUUGGGUAUUAUUACGGAUCAUUUAAACAGACAGAAAUAUUGUACUCUUUUACUGUGUUCAUCUAAAUGUCAAAUAUUUGCCAUAUUUAUUAAUGGAACAAUAAUAGUAGUUAUUUUAAUUAUGCAGUAUUCUAUAUACAGAGUCAGAAUUUCCUAUGUAUUAUUUAAGUAGUAUACAGUACAAAACAACAAACUAAUUCACUAAAAUUUAUUCAUGUAUGUAUGUCGUGUUUUGUUUUUAAAAACAAUUUCAAACUCCGAUGAAUACGUUGCCUCCAUUGUUUUUUCAGAAAUCAACUCAUCAAUAAAUCUUACUGCUAUCCUCAAGACUUUAAAGACAAAUUGGUAGCCUGAUUUUCUGUCUUCAAGUUUUAUAUUCAGCCUAUCACUAUCUGUUGGGAUGCAAGUAAAGCGAAACUAUAAAAUAGGAGUACAAUGUUUUAUGUAGAAAUGCCUUUUGAAUGAUGUUUACACUGUGCUGUGUAACCCUCUUGCAAUUGUGUGCCAAAAGUCCAAAAGGCAUACAUGCGAGUCCUGUCUCUGCUUCAGCUUUCUUUUGAAAGUUAAUCAUUUACAGUAUGACUUUUAAAUUAUUGAACUUAUGAAACCUUCGAUUCUGUAGAUAACCUUGUAACAUCAUAAAGAAAGUACUAGUUGAAGAAAGCAGCAACUUUCAUAUCACAAUUCACUAAUGAACAUCAUAGAUAUGCCAUAGGCAUUUUUCUAGAUAUCCAGAAGGCCUACGAUCAAGUCUGGCACGCUGGCUUAAUUUAAAAAACACCUUUGUGGACUGACUACUUCCUUCAUAAAAAUAAUACAUCCCUAUUUCUCUGACAAUCCGAGUCAGGGUCGCCAACCAUUUCUCAACACCAUUCACUCAACAAUGGAGUCCCCCAGGACUCAAUUUUAGCUCCAAUUUUAUACACAGUCUAUAACAGUGACAUCCCCUCAUCCCCUAAACACGUCAGAGUCUAUCCUGUUAUAUGCUGACGAUACUGCACCCUUCUUUACAGAUACCGCUCAUGGGAUGCUGAACCCAUGUCCUCAGGUGUAUUCGAUAGAGUUCAAAAUCAAUUAAAUAAUAAUUUGUAAGGUGGUGCAACAAAUGGAGUCAGGCAUCCUCGCAGCCUUCGAUACGAAGAUGCGAGGAACCAGACAGUGCUCGUUGGAGGGAGGCUCGAAUUCAGACCCUCGGUGUCCUAUUUGGGAGUCCAUUUUAGUAGAACUCUCAACUGGAACAUCGAUGUAAAAGACAUCCUGCCAGGACAGGGUAAGAAAAAGAGCUAAACCAAUUAUCGAAUACAAGGCGUGUGUUUCUGUGUUAAUGCGUUUGUUCAUACGAAAUAUGCAUAUUAUCCAUCAAUAUUAAUCCAUCCUCUUGCCAAUAUCUCCACUAUAGACAGAAUCCGUUCUUUCAGCAAAAGAUACGUUUUACACACCUUAGAUAGCUCCAAAAAUAGAGCUAAAGACGUCCUAAAAACUCCUUGCCACCGCUUAGGCACAUAGUCACCAGGCGCCCCAAAAAAAUAUGUAGUUCUAUUCCUCCCAGCCAAGCUUCUACCCAAUCCAAGCUCUCGCAACAAUAAAAUGGGAGCAGCCUCACCUUGAAGGCGAGGUCUCAUAACGUUCAGAUUUGAUUGAAGAAGGGAAAAUUAGAAAUGUAUAUCAAACUCCAGAAAUGUAUACAGUAGGUUCAGCAUGGACAGCAUUCAGAAAGCUAAACUACAUUUUGAGGAAUAGGUAUAAAUAAAAAAAAAUUUAAUGAAAAAAUCCUUUAUAAAAGGCAUAUUUUUAUUAAAAAGCUCUCAAAGGGUCACAUAUAUCACAACGUUUUCGAUCUACAUAGAUCAUUAUCAGUGCUGUUACAGGCAAAUCACGUGCUGAGCUAUCAAGAAUACAUGGGUAAAAACCCUUUAAAUGUUAACAAAAUAUGUUACAGUUACAUAAUUAUUAAGAAAUCCAAGUGAUGGAUAAAAAUCAGUAAGGCAUGUAUGGUCCGUCAGUAUGGUCUUUGGCAUCUUAUGACUCCCCACGAGGCACGUGGGUUGCUUGUUUGAAAGUAUGUUGUUACUCACCGUCCUUAAUGUAAAGAUAUACUUUCAAACAAGCAAUCCACGUGCCUUGUGGGCAGUGGCGGCCCGUGAGGUAGUGCCAUAGAGGCAUGGCACUACCUUCCUAACUAUGAAGAAGCAUAUUUUUUAUUUUUAAAAUCUUUUAAUGCCUGUUAUUUUUUGUGUGUAUUUCUUUUUAUCUUCAUAAAUUAUAUAAAAUCUGGUAACUGUGCGCGUAGUACAAUCGCUGCUACUUACAGCGGAGAUUAUUCGGCUGGAGAAUCUUGAGCCAAAAUUGGUACUGGCACGGCUAAAAAGAGAAAGAUUUUAUGAGCAUCCUAUAUAAGUGACAGAGAAAGAGCUAUAUUGGACUAUUUAGUAUACCUUAAAUGAGAAUCGGGUGCCGGGCACGGUAUCUAUUUAUUUUGAGUUUCUUUAAGUGCUGGCUUGUCGCUUUUGUUAUGUCUAUUUUCUGUUAAAGUUUUUGUAUUUAUAAUAUUAUUAUUAAACUUUUAGUGCAUCAUGAUCGUGGGUGUAGUAUAAAUAAUAUUUUGAUUAUUUAAGUUUAAUUUCUUAAUUGACAAUGAAUCAGAUUAGUAUCUUAAAAAACUCUUUUGGUGGUUUUUCUUUACAAAUUUUAUAAGGUUUUGUGGAGCUUUCGAGUUAGCUUAGAGAGGUCACGACGUAAAAAAUUCACAAAAUAGAGGCAUAUUUAAGGAACUGGUCAAUUUUAGCGCCGAAUUAGACAACGACCUAAGAGGUUCAUAAUAUUUAAAGUUCCAGAUCUUUCAAAGGUCUACCUUCUCCUGACAUGUAGUUGCUUCUAAUUUAUUUAUGUCGGAGAAGUUUUCUGCUUACAAGCGUCGGUUCCCCGCAUCAUUUUUUAAUGAAAUAUGGAGACAAUUUUAAUUUUUAAACAAAACUCGGUUUAAAACUGAAUUAGAAGUACUGUAUUAGUGAGACGAAUUAAGUACUACCUCUGGGGCUAUUCCGCUAUGAGUUUUAUUAAACGAUGAAGGUUUAAAAAGCACAUUGGAAGAAACUAUUAAACUUUUAAGCAUUUUAAUUACCAUUCCUAUAUCAAUAUCUGAAGCAGAACGCUCUUUUCCGAUGUUAAAACGAAUUAAAACAUUAGUUAAAAAUACAAUGAAAGAAGAACGACUUAGGUACGUUAUCAGCAGAAAAGCAUUGUGUAAAUGGUAUUGAUAAUUUUAAUAAUAAAGUCAUUGAAAACUUUGAAACCAAAAAAACCAAGAAGGAUGUAUCGUAAACUUUAAAAGUGGUAUUGACACAACUUUGUGCAUGCGUGUAAAUAAUGAAAUAGUAUUAUUUUUGUAAUUUUGUAAAUAGAGACUAAAUCGUAAUACAAGCUAAGUAAUAUUAGCAGUAAAUAAUGGUUGUACGUUGAGAGUUUUUUAUUGUUAAUGAAUUUACGGAACUGUUUUGAUAAAUUUUGAACAAUUUCUUGGCACCUCAGAUAAAUAUACAUAAGAUACAUAAGGUACCCGUUACUAAAAAUUUUGGAGGCUGUCCGAAUUCUGGCACUACCUUCUUAAAGUGGUACGAGCCGCCACUGCUUGUGGUGGUCAUAGGAUGUCAAAGGCCAUAUCCUUACGGAUUUUUAUCCAUCACUUGGAUUUCUUAAUAAUUAUGUAACUGUAACAUAUUUUAUUAACAUUUAAAUAUGUAGUUUUUACCCAUGUAUUUUUGGUGGCUCAGCAUGUGAUUUGCCUGUAACAGCACUGAUGAUGAUUUAUGUAGAUCGAAAACGUUUUUUUGUGAUUAAUGGUUUAGAGCCAGCUACAGGACAAUUUUUUCCUUGUGGAUGAAGUAUAAAUCAUAUUCAUAUCGUAAUAUCCAAUUUAUCCUUUUUAUUAUUUAUUAAUUCGCUAAACUGAGUCAAAGUAUGAAUAUUUAAAAAUAUGAAUUAAAAAAAGGAAACAAUGUAAACAGCCGAUUCGUUACGGGUUUGAACGACACAAAUACUCACUUAGAAUAUUAAGUGCUAUUUAAAAUGCACCGUAAAAUUAAGUUAAUUACAUGGUUUUACCCUUUAGUUACCGAUUUAUAAAAUUCGUUGAAUGUAAAUUGGCAGAAACUAUGUUAUAUAAUAUAAGAUAGAUAAUUUUUAACAUAAUGAAACCUUUAUAAUGAAAAUCGGAAUAAUAUCGAGGUCAUAAAAAUUAUUACGUCGUAUUCAUAUUUAAUUUUUUAUUACCGAUUGCUGAACGGCAGCGUGUAAUCUUGUCAAUUUCUAUUGUGUUGUUUAAAAUAGUGUGUUGAUGACAGUUUUUGUCGUCGCCAUUUUCGAGCAAAAGCUCAGUACAGUGGCAAAGUGGCAAACAGACGGAGUGGGAAAAUGGAGAAAUUCCGCCCCCCCCCCCAAGAAGCUAAAAAAAUUGUUCAAACAUAAAAGUAUAUUAGUUGACAUGAAACUAAACCACAUAGACCAAGAGGCAGCGCUGAAAAAUCUCUUUGCAUUUACUAAAGCUAGAUUUUUCACAGUUGAUUACUGUGAGUGUGUAGAGAAACAUACUGCGGUCCGUCAAGCGAAACGUAGAACAGGGUUACUGAGAGGGUAUCAAAGUUUCUUUCCUACGAAGGUAAUUAAAUCCAUUUACCAAGGCUGAAAAUCAGUAUACAUAUUCUAAAUUAAAUAUAAAUAAAAGUUAUUAUAGUCGGUCAGCUGUAUGAUGGGACAGAGCCGGUCGGUCGGCCCCAAUAGUCGAUUGAGGAAAUGAAACAUUUUGGCUCGCAAUUUUUUCGUCCAGCAUGGAUUUACUUGAAAUUUUCACAGAAGAUAGGGAAUAGUCCAAGGAUAAUUUUCUAUAUCAUACCGCUAUUAUAGGCUAAAACCUUGGGGGUGGGAAUUUUUUAUGUAAUAUAAUAUAAUAUUCCAUGUAAUUCGAUGGAAAAAGUGAUUCUAAGAAAAAAAUGGUUUUUACAUUUUCUUCGUAAAACUAAUAUUUUUCGAGUUAUUCGCCCUUGAAGAUAACAGUUUUUCGACUAAAAAAUCGACUUUUUUAGAGGGUUUUUUGAGAAUACCUCGAAAAAUAUGCAGCGAAAAAUAUGAGCGACAAAACCGGAUAAUAUGAAGAAUUAAUAUAUUAGAGGAAGUCUAGGUGUGGCACCAAUUGAUGCCAAAAUGAGAGGGCAUAGGUUAAGAUGGUUUGGUCAUAUUUAAGUCGAGAGGUUAAACGCCAAAUAUGAAGAAUUGCCGAUCUGCGGGUUCCUGGUAGGAGUAGCAGAGGAAGACCAAAGGCGACCUGGGGAGAGACGUUUAGGCAGGACAUGUCGGUAAAGGGAAUUGAUAUUGGCAUGAUCCAAGAUAGAAACUUAUGGACAAUUGUAAAUAGGAAAGCCGAUCCCGCAUGGGGUAAAAAGCAAAGAGAAUGAUGAUUAUGAUGAUAUUUUAAUAAUUUUAUAAAUUAUUACACCAAUUACAUUAGAAGUUAUACACUUCAAAUUCUAAAAUAGUUUGAUCAUGUGAUUAGAAAAAGAGUUGAUAUAAAAAGGCAGGUUGAAUUGGCAGAUGAAAUUAACAUCAUUACCACACAGAAUGUUAUCCAAAUAUACUGUUAACUGUCUCUUUUCUUCUACAAUUCUAUGAAACUUUUUAUGGCGCAUGCUAACUUCAGUUCAAAUUGCUUCAAAUUUUUGAAGCGAAGUUUCUAUACUAGUGUUGUAUUACUUUUUCUCUAUAGUAAAAUGCUGAGGCGAAUGUGACUGAACUAGCGACACGAAACACGAAAUAUUGGUUUGUGGUUCGCAGUCACAGUAAAUUGUUGGAAGAGUCCAUUUACGCGACAAGGAGAGUCCUUUAUACAUGUAAAAUUUUUCAGUUUUAUUAAAAUCUAUAUAAAAAAAUAAAUAAUAAAAUUACUUUAUUCCAUUUUAAAAACAUUAAGUAUUUGAAAUGAGAAUAGUUUGUCAUGGUCAAUAGAUAAGGAAUAUGACAAAGCCUGAUAAAGAGGGAAGUAGAUGAAGAACUUGUAAGUGUAAUAAAGAGUUUGUAUAUCAAUACAAAAAACCAGGUCAGGACAAGUAACCUAAUCUCAGGAGAAUUUUCUAAUAACGACGGGGUUAGACAACAUGGAGUGCUGAGCUGACUGUUAUUGUUAUUUAUUUUUGUUAUGGAUGAAGUUAUUAAAAAGUGUUAGAAAAAAACUAAAAAAUGCGCUAUAUGGUAUAGAAAUGUGCAACAAAUAAAAAUUGAAGCCUGUGCAUUUGCUGAUGACAUUGUUUUAGUUGGAAGAACUGAAUAUGCUCUCGCAGAUAAUAUAAGAAUCUGGGCAGAAGAACUAAAAAACUACAACUUAAUAAUAAAUAUGGAGAAAACUAAAGUAAUGAUAAUCGCCAACAAAGAAGCAAAUGUAAAUAUUCAAAUCGAAGGGCAAAAAAUCGGGCAAGUAGACCUCUUUAAGUAUUUGGGAAUAAUGUUAAACAACAAAGUUACACAAGAAGAUGAAAUUGGAAACAGAAUAAAAUUGGCAACGAGAACUUAUUAUUCACUGUAUAAAAAUUUCCUAAACAAAAAGGAAAUAUCAAGAAAAACCAAAUUGACAGUAUAUAAAACCGUAUAUAUGCCAAUUACAAUAUAUGGGGCAGAAAACUGGGUACUUAAUGACAGACAAAGAAAAAGAUUACAAUCUACAGAAAUGAGAUACUUAAGAAAAGUGGUGGGAGCAAGAAGAUUAGACAAAAGAAGAAACGAAGAUAUAAGACAUGAACUACAGGUAAAAUCGCUCAACGAAAAAGUUGAAGAAAGGAAGUUAAAAUGGGCUGGACACAUUAUAAGAAUGAGUGGUGACAGACAAGUGAAAAUGACAUGGGAGGCUAAAGCAGUGGGUAAAAACACGAGGGACAGACCAAGAAAAAGCUGGAGCACUAGUGUAAACGAAAUACUUAAGAAAACAGGAACAUCGUGCCAAGAAGCAAAAGUUUUAGCAGCAGAUAGGAAGAAGUGGCGUAAAUUUGAAGAGAGUUUCAUAUAAAGGAGGAAUCCUCGACACCUAAUGGUAAAAGAGGCAAUUGAUUAAGUAUUUGAAUUUUAAAAGGACAGACAACAUAGUAUGAAGUUUCGCGCUAGACUGCAGUACCGCCUACUGUAUUCCUUUUUUUGUAAAUAUAAAUUGAUUGUUGGCGAUCUUAAAAAUUUCGGUAUUAUUUGAGAUUUUCAUUAUAAACGUAUGUUGUAUGUACGUAUGUAUCUAAAUCGUAUUGUAGACUUUGUAGGAAGUAACUUCGAAGCUGUAAUAAUGAUGAAAAUCAUUAGGAAUAAUUGUUUACUCUAUGUAAACUGAUUUUAUUUUCUUGAAAAUUGUUUAACUAGGAGUGGUUGAAUUGUAAAACCAGUGUUGCAUUUAUAAAAAAUUAUUGAGGAUUUGAGAUAUUUGUUGUGUAGUGUUAAGGUACCUAGAAUAUUGUUGACGAUUAAGAUUUUAUUUAUUGUUUUUUUUACAAAUAUUUGCCGCUAAGAGGCUUAAAUGCAAUAUGACAAUUUUUUAGAUAUGUAUAGAUUUAAUCUACUUACAGGGGAAGUUGAGACCAAAAUAUAUGUUUAGUCAAGCAUUUAAAAUGUUCCUCAAUUUUGUAUGCACCAGGUAAUCGGUUACAUUGCAACCCAUGCCCUUUUCCUUAAUAUUUCUCAUCUUGUCCGAAAAAGCAUGGGAAUCACCAAAAUCUAUGCUGUAUACAAAAUACUGCUUUAAGAUCCUCAGAUAUUAUAUACUACUGAGAAAACUCGACAUAAAGGCUGAUAUGUGUAUACAAGAUACGGAACCGAAAGCGAAACAGAUCGAAUAUCUGUAAUUAUUAAACAUUUUUUGGUGCAAAAAAUUCAAAACACGUCGAUUUUUAUUCCACAGGGGAGAUUCUUCUAUUAUCUCCUCCUCUGUAAUCCCUCCCACCUCGCCCCUCGUGUGUCACACAAGUACUGAGCAUAGGCGUAACCAGGAUGAUCCUAAGGGGGGGGUUACAACUACCUGAAAGGGGGGGGUUACAACUACUGGAAGGUCUCUGAGGGCUAUGGUGUUAAGCGUAUAGAGCUCAAAGUACAUCCCAAUGGGGGGGUUAUGACCCCCAAAACCACCCCCUGGUUACGCCUAUGGUACUGAGUGUCACAUAUCAUUGAAAAGGUUAUUUCAUAAGGAAUUUAGAUUCGUUAAGUAUUUGUCCUCUUAUUCUUCUCCAGGUCUGUCCACUGCGAACAUUGACUAUUAACAUGGCAAUUCUGAUCUUGCUUACAGCAGUUCUGAAUAGUUCAAACAAUAAAAAACCCGAACAAAUUCUGCAGAUUUUGGAGCUACGAGUAUCUUCUCCUGCUGGUCCUUCGUCUGCUGUCUUUUUUUCUCCUGGAUAAUCUAUUUAAGUAGACGGUUCUUAUCGCGUCUCAACAUGUAGCCUAGAUUGUUUAAUUGUGCUCACAAUUUGAAAUACGGAACAGUUUUUUUGUAUGAGGGAAAAGGUUAUCUAACGAACAAAUAGUCACAACGGUCAUAUUCAGUUCUUUAUCUCUUUAAAUUCUACUAGCGAUAGUGGCGCAGUCACGGGUGGGCAGAUAUGACAUUUGUGAAUAUGACCGAAAUGUGUUCCAUGUUUCCUUGUUUCCUAAUGAAUAAGACGUUUUGUUAUGGUAUAAAGUAAGUGCCAAAAUGUGAUCGAUUGCCUGCUACUUUAGUAUUUUUUGAAUGACAGCAUUUAUACUACUUAAAAUUUAUAUUUUGGUUCUACCAAAUAUUCUGUAACCUUUGUGCUGCAGGUGUGAUUAAAAUGCAUCAUUAUUUUUAAUAUGAGACUAUGAUAACUAUUCUGUUAAACUGAAUGUUGUUCUGAAGCGAUUUCCUUGUGGCAUUUUUAUAAUCAACUAUUUUCAAUGGGAAAUAAGCCACAAUUUUACCAAAAAAAUGAUUUUAUUAACGUUUCGAAGCCCAAAUAUAAUACUACUAUAUCAUACUACUAUAUAUACUACUAUAUACAGUGCUAAUCAAAAGUCCGUACCCCCCCUCGUAUCUUUUGAACGGUUAUAAAUAUAAUAGUGAAAUUUGGAAAGAGAAAAUAAACGGACGUAAGCUUCUUAAUUCCGAUAAUUUUAAAUGGGACUUUAUGGCAAGUGAUACCUCGUUUGAAAGGUAUUUAAAAUACCUAUUCAGUCAUACUAAUUUUUUUGGGUUUAAGUUGAUUUUGAUUUCGGUGAAUAAAUUAAAUAAAUAUAAUAUUGUAGUUUCGAAUUUAAUUAAUAAAAAUUCAAAUGUCCGCCUAUGAAUUUUCUGUCAAAAAACUUGACGUUCUCUAAACUUGAAAUUCUCUAGUAGUUUUUACGUCAACGUCAACCUGUUUGACAAGUAAUCAUAGGAGGAAUUUUGAAUUUUUAUUAAUUAAAUGGGAAACUACAAUUUUAUAUUUAUUUCAUUUAUUCAUCAAAAUUAGCUUAAACUAAAAUUAGCUUAAACAAAAUUAGUAUUAAUGAAUAGGUAUUUUCAAUAACUUUCAAACGAGGUAUCACUUGCCAUAAGGUCCCAUAUAAAAUUAUCGGUCACAGUGGCUCUGUAACGUCAUCUGUCACUAUUACGUCACCUGUCGUGACUAGUUAAGAAGCUUACGUCCAUUUAUUUCCUCCCUCCAAAUUUCACUAUUAUAGGCAUAACCGUUCAAAAGAUACGAGGGGGUACGGACUUUUGACUAGCACUGUAUACUACUCUAUAUACUACUAUUAUAGUAGUAUUUUGUAUUUUGACAACGAAACCCGAUUUGGGCUUCGAAACGUUAAUAAAAUCAUUUUUUUGGUAAAAUUGUGGCUUAUUUCCCAUUGAAAAUAGUUGAUUAUGUUAAACUGAAUUUAUGAAACUACAAGACUACGAAAUGUUAGGUCAAACGAGCCUAAGUCUUACAUUAAAAAUAUAAUUUGUUAGAUCUCGGUAUGCAAAAAUUAUUGGGUCGAUAAACAUAGCUAUAAUAAGAAUAUAUUAACACGGUUAUAUCAAUGCCAGAACGUAAAAUACAAAAAAAAUAUAUUUUUAAUUAUAUUUCAUUGUAAUUUAUUCUGAAAUAAAAAAUAUUCAGCAUUAUAGUGGUGUGGUGGGGUGUGAUAUAUCUUUUCAGUGCGACCUCUGGAUAUGCCGAUAGUAAUGUAAUGACAAUAUGAAAAUUAUAGUUCUAUAUACUAGAAUAAUGUUAGAUAAACAACAAACUGAACAAUAGAGGGGACAACGAUGUUCUAAAAAGUUCUAUUGUUUUAUAUAUCUUGGAUGUAUCAUACCUUACCACACCGUAAUCCUAAGAUGAAACACCACAUUAUUUUGACUAAUUUAAGAGCGAUCAGUAUCAAUUUAUCGCUUUUAUUUAAGUGAAGUUAUUAGGUCUAAGAACAAUAUUUAAAAAAAUAACUUUAUUGACAAGGAACUUCUUACUACAUUGAAUGAAAUAUAAAAAGUAACGCUAUGAUACAAAACAAAAGCAAAUUUAUAAUCUCGGUGACGCCAAGGUGAAGCUUGCUGACGCCGCCUUAUUAAUAUAGUUGAACUAGCAGUUCUUGUUUCUUAAGCCUGCGUUAGGCGCGUGUUUAAUGUACCCACCAGUCAAAAACUCCUUUCUCAUGUUCAAAUGAUACAUUUUAAUCACAUCUACUACAUAAAUUAUUUUUAGUUACCUAUUUACUAGUAAUCUUUUCAGGCUAGUUACCUAGAAAUUUUAUAUUAAAAUUUGUACAUUAUCACGUUACAUUACAAAGUUUUUAAAUAUAUCUUUUUGUUCUAGUCAUUUUUUGCGAAAUGUAUCUUAUUGGGAAGCACAUUUAUAAAGGUUAAAAUAACAAAACGUGUUGCUAGUGUUUCAUAAAAAGUAUUAUCUGGAGUCCAACACUAGCAGCUUAUAUGAUCAAUUAAAGCCACCUUGUAUCCCAGAUAUUUUUGCUGCCCUAUGCUUGGUAUUUUUUGGAUAAAAUCCAAGUGGUUACUGCAGUUCUUCCUUCUUUUUUAGAAAGCUUAAGAUAUUGAUAGCCUCGAUUUAGGACGCCUCCCCAAGUCAGAGGUUUCACGGCACUAUCAUAAUCUUAAGAGAAAAUCUGAAAUAUUUAUAUCGAGUGCCACUUGCAGAUCAACAGGGAUUUUCUGAAGACGGGAAUACACAAAAAAUCUUAGAAUCUACGUACGUUAUAUUCAGAAACGUAUUGUUUAAAACAGAAAGUUUUAACAAUACGUUAAUUGCUAAAAUUCAUUCUAUGGGAACCUACGUCCGACUUAAGAUAGAAGAAAUGUAAUUAGUACAAGAGAUUAUUAUAAUUUUCUAUAGUUAAGCCACUAAUAUCAAAAUGCUUCUUCUUCUUCAGGUACCAUUUUCUAACGAAUGUUGGCGAGCUUGGUGUUGGUAAAAAUUUAAUUCUAAGUCAGUCCAUUCUUUGCCGUUUCUUAGCCACGUCACCUAUCAUGUACCAGAGCCUGGUCUGCUCCUAAUUUUUUCCCUCCAUUAUCAGCUAUAGAAACUUACAUCUCUCGUGCCUCAGAACGUGUCCUAGAAAAGCUAUUUUUCGAUUUUUUACUAUUCUUUAGUCUUUAACAUGCGUCGAAAUACUCACAUCUCAUAGCUUUUUAGUCUUCAUAUUGUACUAAAAGUUUCAACGUCCAUGUCCAUGCUUCCAUACACAUAGCAGGAUGAUACUAACAUAACAUUUCACAUGUGGUGUCUGAGAGUAAGUUUAAGAUCAUUUGCAAUAAAGAACGGUCGCAUUCUUAGGGAAACGUUUCUGGUGUGUGGUCUGUUGUACCCUGCUUUUUAUCUCAUAUUCUGGAUCUAUUGUAUUAUUGAUUGAUAGUCAAGGUAUCUAAAUUUUUCCACCUGUUCAAUGAAAUGCUGAUUAAUCGAUUUAUUUAUUGACACGGGGGAGGGGGUUGUUUGAAAAAUACUUAUUGUUUUUGUUUUCUUUCUAUUGACUCUGAUACCACAUGUUUCUCCUUAUUGUACGAUUCUAUCUAUUAAAUUUGUAUAUCGUUAGCGGUUACUUGGUAUUAGGCAGACAAAAAUACAAAUAGGACUGCUACACACUUAUUAGUCAAACAUUAGCGACGUCAAGCGGAUUUGGUACAUCGCAAACCAGGUGCUACAUUGAGCAUGUGGCUGGGCAUAAAGCACAGACCAGAUGGUGUACUAUAGUUUACUCUUCUCCAGAGUCGAAUAGGACCGACUCACAGGGGAAGCUCCAUUUUAUUCGGUUGGCUUUGAAUCUUGUCACCCCAGCACGAAGUCUAUUGAGUUCCUUCCAUAUUCAUCCAUCUAUUCAUUACUGUUAUCACUCUGAGCUCUUCACGCUCAGUCUAGUCUUGACCUUGGUAGCCACAGAGGAAGUGUACAUGUAAGGUGGUGCCACAGUGGUGCUAUGCUGGCCUAUAAACGUAUACACCUUGUUGAAUGGGUCCUUCUCAGACAGUUCGUCUGCACUCUGCUGCUCGGCAUGAUUUGUACGAGGCAAGCAUAUUCCCCUGGGGAGUAAUAUUGAGACCGUGCAAGUUCGGAAAAGCGACACCUGGUUUCUACGCUCUACACUUUUAUUCACACUUUUAAUUAUAUUGGCCAAUCAUAUGGUCCUGGUUACUGGAUAAUUGUCAAUGCCAUAGUCCAGAAAAAAAUAAUAAGAAAAAAUAAGAUUUAGGUUAUGUUAUUAAAACGUAAACAAUUGUAUGUAUUAAAUAAAAUUAGUUAUUAAAAUGCAGUACUGCAAGCAAAGUACAAUUAAUUAAAUUUACCUUUAUAUAAUAAUUGCAUAUCAUAUCAAUAUUGUGGAGCAAUAUAUAAUUUUUGUCCUUCAAUGACAGUAGUUAUGAAAUGUACGUCAAUUUGACAAUUUCAAUUGACAUCAUAGAAAAAAGUGUUGUGUGAUUGGGUAGAAUGUGAUCUUACCCUUCAAAAAAUAUGUCACGUAUUUCAGCACCUGGUUAAUUGGAAGGAUACUACAAAUCUGGCCUCCACAUAAGUGGUCUGUAGCUUUGACAUGAUGGGUGUGAAAUUUUAAACGUUCUUGUUGUUGAUUGGAUAGGAAGGGUGCCAUAAUCUAGCCUCCAUGCUAGGUACAUAGCCUCCAUACGGUACUUCCAAUAUUUAAUAUUUUAUUCAAGUGGACAGUAAAGCUAAAACACAAACAACUUUUGUUUCUUACUUAUUUAUUUAUACAAUAAUGUGACAUUUUACAUAGAAAUAUGAGUAUUUAAUUUGGAUUAAAUAAAUGUUUACUUGUUGAAUUUUUCCACCGUCUGCACAUAACUGCUGAACGGAGCCAUUAGACCUAACAACAAAACGCGAAAUAAAGUGUGUAUUUUAAAACUGUUGGAUAAACAGUACCUACAAUCAGAAAAUCUCUACCUUACAAUUAGAAAAACUUACCUUUAAAAAGGUACUCGAUUACAAAAUAACAAAAAUAUCAAAAAACACGACUGAAUAUCAGCUUUUUAUGGUGACACAAACACAUCACAUAACCGACCAUAUAAAAUAACUGAACGACAACGAACGAACGAACACGAACACUGAACACAGAUUCACAGAUGGCGCAGGAUUUGUCAAAAGUCAUGUUCCACCAAUCACAAUGCCGACAUCAGCGCCUCUGACAAAAUGGAAGGAAAAUAAAUACGAUUACAUGUUUUUUAUUAGAGUGCGCGGGGCAUGAUUGACAUGAAUUAUUUAAGAAAGUUGCAAUAUUUCUCCGCUGUUCGCGCACGAUCGUUGCGCGUAUCCCUUCCAAGUAAUUGCACUCCGCGAAUAGGAACAUAGCACUAGUUUUCACUGUCUGCGGUUGCCACCCCUCCAGUAAAUGCAUUUGUCAUUUUUAGCCUUAAAAUAUUAAAUGAUCUAUUUUAUUGAUUAUACACUGUAAUAUUGUUGUUAAUUUAAUAUAUUUCGGCAAGUAAUGAAAACAGUUUGAAAUCAUUAAUUAUUAGAAUAAAUAAUUAAAUAUUAUUUGUACAGUCAACAAGAACAAAGAAUCUUGCUCUGACAAGUAAUGAUGUCAUAACUUCUCACUACGAGGAACAGGGCCAUGAUGAAAAGUCUUAUUCUAAGGUUUUGGAAACGCUCUGACGUCAGAUAUCUUGAAUGACGUAAGCGAUUGUACUAAAAAUUCAUAUGUAUUGACAUUAACAGUCAUGUAUAAAUUAAUGUGCUUCCUUAAGAUACGUUCCGCGUAUUUUUACGGGGUCUGGUAAUAUAUUAUUUAAUUUAAAUUAAUCGUAUAGACAAUUUUUCACUGUGUCCCGAAACAAUAAACGAAUUUCUAUCACAAUAUUUUUUAGCUUACGAAUAUGCAGCUUUCAUGCCUGCCGUUGAUAUACAAGGAUUUUUUUAAUCGAAACAAUUAUUUUAUAUAGUUGUUCCAUUAUAUCUUUGCACAAACGUCAUGGUUCAUUUGCAAACAAGUUAAAUCAAAACAUUAAGUGAAACGUACGUCGAUAUGUACUAUCAUUAGUUAUAAAUUCCAAUAAACACAACAAAUGUGCUAAUGUCACUUUCACUGAAAAUGAUAAACGUCAAAAUUCAUAGUAAACAAGGUAUCAAAGAUAUGCCGUAUUAUUUAUACUUGUUUAACUUAUUGUGGUUUCUAUGGACAAGCGGCUUAAUUUAGCGAUACUAGUUUGUGUGAGCAAAAAAGAGAUACAGUAUAAAUAUUCGUGACCAAUUUCAUGCAUGUGCAAAGAUACAAUGGAAGAGCUAUAUACGUGUUGCUCUAUAUGCACGUUAAACAUGUUGACAAUCAAAAAUAGACGAAAUAUGUUCCAAAGUUGUUUACUAGGGUUUUCUUUUUAGUUCUUUUUCGAUACAUUAGCCCUGCGAAUUUUUAGAAACAGUUCUGGAAGUCUAAUGUUACCUCCUUCAUGACUCAUGUCGCUAAAAAAUCGAUGUUAAAUAGAUAGUGGCUUGGUACAAGUUUUUAUACGAAUUAUAAUAAUUAUAAUUUAUAUAACUAUGUCCUAAAAGUUUGGCACAAAUUUCAUUGGCUUUAAUUUUAACGAAAACAAAAUAAUAUCAAGUUGAAUUUGGAAACAAAAGCUUGUUUAGGUAUAUUGUAUACUGUCAGUUAAGAUUUAUUUAUCUUUAAGUUUUCACUUUAAGAUGUAGUAUAAAUUAGAAAUAAGAAAGGGUAUCUUCAACUUGGGUGGGCGGGUACUCAAAUCUGAAACCUGUAGAAUAUUUCAGAAUGAAAACAAUUGACGCAGAAUAUUUUAUAUAAUAAUAACGGAGUGCGAUGAUGGAGUACCAUGGAUGAAUCUACCAAAAUAUGAAAAAUCACGCCCAUUUACUGCACAGAAGUCGGAGAAAUUGGUGAGAAUUGCAAAUCACCAGCUUGGAAUGGAAAUUAGAAGAUUGGCUCGUCAAUGCAGAUCUUCUAAGAGUACGAUAUCGUUGUAAUUGAGGAGGAAUGGCCUUAAAUAUCUAAAGAGACGCAAGUGCCCCAAAUACUCUCAAGCUAUGAUUUUUUUGUGACGGAUAUUCUUGGGUUAGGGUUGAUUUCAUGUAAUCGAAUGAACUAUCUUUCAGUAAAGUCGUCAAAGGAAACUGAAUUUUAUCUUUUUCUGUUACACUUUUCUCUUUCGCAAAGCGCGCGUCUGCAUGCUCCGUCGGAUUUCUGUUUUAGAAUGCCACAUAUAUCAUUUCUAAGUGGACCUAAUAUGAAAAAAGAAGUACAUAAUAUACAGAGUGUAACAAAAAUACAGGUCAUAAAUUAAAUCACAUAUUCUGUGACUAAAAAUAGUUCGAUUGAACCUAACUUACCUUAGUCCAAAUGAGCAAACAAAAAAAGUUACAGCCCUUUGAAGUUACAAGAUAAAAAUCGAUUUUUUCCGAUAUAUCGAAAACUAUUAGAGAUUUUUUAGUGAAAAUGGACACAUGGCAUUCUUAUGGCAGGAACAUUUUAAAAAUAAAUUAUAGUUAAAUUUGUGCACCCCAUAAAAAUUUUAUGGGGUUUUGUUCCCUUAAACCCCCCAAACUUUUUUGUAUGUUCCAAUUAAAUUAUUAUUGUGGUAUCAUUAGUUAAACACAAUGUUUUUAAAACUUUUUUGCUACUUAGUACUUUUUGGACUUAUCGAUUUAUUUUGAAUAGUUGUCAAAUCCGCCACAUAUUUGUAUACUGUUGCGUACGAUUGUAGAGACCUGGUAAUAAUAUGAAAUUUUUGUAUAUAAAUUACAGUUUGAGGUAUAUUUUGAACCAUAUUAGAAAAGAAGCCACAUCUCGAUAAAAUGUGCCUCAUCGGAAAAAUACUAAGAUGCAAAAAAGUUUUUAAAACAUCCUGUUUAACUAAUGGUACCGCAAUAAUAGUUUAAUUAGAACGUACACAAAUAUUUGGGGGGUUUAAAGGCACAUAACCCCCCUAAAAUUUUUAUGUAAACAUAUUAAAAAAGAAGCCGCAACAAGUUUUAAAAACAUUGUGUUUAACUAAGGGUACCACAACAAUAAUUUAGUUGGAACGUACAAAGAAGUUUGGGGGGGUUUAAGGAAAUGGGGUGCACAAAUUUAACUAUAAUUUAUUUUUAAAAUGUUCCUUCCAUAAGAAUGCCACGUGUCCAUGUUCAUUAAAAAAUUUCUAAUAGUUCUCGAUAUAUCAGAAAAAAUCGAUUUUUAUCGUGUAACUUCAAAGGGCUGUAACUUUUUUUGUGUGCAUAUUUGUACUAAGGUAAGUUAGGUUCAAUCGAACUAUUUUUGGUCCCAGAAUAUGUGAUUUAAUUUAUGACCUGUAUUUUUGUUACACCCUGUAUAUGAGAUACAAAUGAAUCGCGAUGAUUUUUUCUAACUAGCGAUUUCGGUAUAUGAAUCUGAAUCCUGACAGAUGUAAACAUAGACUAAAUAAACUACACUCAGAGAAAAAAAUGAUGUGAAAUAAAAUUAUUCGGAGGUAGAUAAGUGAAAAAAUACGAACGAACAGUAGGAAAUUAAAGGCCUUGGGGAAAUGUGGAUAAGGUCUGAAAUGACAGGCUGCGUUCUGUUGAUAGGUUUGCUCUUAUUUAAAAAAUGUGAAAAAUUCAUUAUUACAUCAGCAAUUUAUCUCUGGAGGAAAGGGCCUAGCCGGGUAAGAUGGUGAAAAGUGCCCCCAGCUGGAUUUAAAUUCCAUAUAGGCCACUUUUUAGCACAUAUAGAGGAACUCACUUUCUGAAAUUUUUAGCCCCCUAGGUGGUCACGUGACCCCCCUAGAGCCUAAUUAGGCAUUUUAUGUUUUUAUUUUUUAUCUCAGCCGCAUCAAGAGCUAGCCAAAAACUUUAUUUAAAAAAGUUGUAAGUUUCAAAAAGAUCUAUAUGAAAUUUUUUUUUAUUUUUUGGCGGGAAAUUCGAAUUUUUAGAACAAUUUUAAACUUUUAAAUAACUCUGAAAAAAAAAACUAAGUUUACGAAAAUCAAUUAUAAUGUGUAUUUUUGCACAGUCUUUCACGCUGAAUUUUUUCAGAUUUUUAAAAUUGGUGAAACGUACCUUUAAAAAUAAAAAACCGCGUUUUUUCGGUUUUUUUUUCGUUUUUUGAUACAAUUUUAUACAUAUUUUUCAAAAAAGGUAGCACUGUCACUAGAAUAGGUAAAAACUGAAAAAUAAUUGGGGUUUGCUUAAUAAAAAUUUUUUGUAACGCCAUCGAUUUUCAAGAUACAGGGCGUUGAAGAAAUCAAAAUUUUACACAUUUUUUACGAUUUUGCUGAAACUACUGACAACAUUGCAAUAAAACUUGGCGGGAUUUAAGAGGUAGUUAUUGUGCAUGUUUUGACAUACAAUUAAGGAUUUGAUAUUCAUCAUUGGCGCGCAUAGUGGUAAUGGUCUGAACUUUUUAAAGAAUAAAGAUAGUACGCCAUUGACAUAUUUCAAAUUAACAAUGGUUUUUGAAUUUCUCGUUCAAUUUGUGACAAAAAAUGUAUCUUCUUAUUUUUUCAUCCGACGCGCCAUUUUUAUUCAAAAAAUAAAAGAUCUUAACCCUUACAAAGUAUUCGAACUUCUAGUACUUUCUACAUCUACAUAAUAAACUCGUACAUCCAUUAUUAUCAAAAUUAAUUCGAAUACUUUGGAAGCGUUAAGAUAUUUUAUUUUUUGCAUAUGGCCGUUUUGCAAACGGCGCGUCGUAUGAAAAAAUGAGAAGAUAGAUUUUUUAUUGAAAAUUGAACGAGGAAUUCAAAAAUGAUUGUUAAUUUGAAAUAUGUCAGUGGCGUACUAUCUUUUUUUCUUUGAAAAGUUCAGACCAUUACCCCUAUGCGCGCCAAUGAUGAAUAUCAAAUCCUUAGUUGUAUGUCAAAACAUGCACAAUAACUACCUCUUAAAACCCGCCAAGUUUUGUUACAAUGUUGCCAGUAGUUUCGGCAAAAUCGUAAAAAAUAUGUAAAAUUUUGUUUUCUUCAACGCCCUGUAUCUUGAAAAUGGAUAUCGUUACACAAAAUUUUUAUUAAACCUCAAACCCCAAUUAUUUUUCAGUUUUUUACCUAUUCUAGUGACGGUGUUAAAUUUUUUGAAAAAUAUGUAUAAAAUUGUAUCAAAAAACGAAAAAAAAAACCGAAAAAUGCGGUUUUUUAUUUUUAAAGGUACGUUUCACCAAUUUUAAAAAUCUGAAAAAUUAAGGGUGAAAGAUUGUUCAAAAAUACACAUUAUAAUUAUUUUUCGUAAAAACGAGUGUCUUAGUUUUUUUUCAGAGGUAUUUAAAAGUUUAAAAUUGUUCUAAAAAUUCGAAUUUCCCGCCAAAAAUAUAAAAAAAAUUUUUUUAUCUAGAUUUUUGUGAAACUUACAACUUUUUUAAAUAAAGUUUUUGGCUAGCUCUUGAUGCGGCUGAGAGAAAAAAUAAAAACAUAAAAAGCCUAAUUAGGCUCUAGGGGGGUCACGUGACCACCUAGGGGGCUAAAAAUUUCAGAAAGUGAGUUCCUCUAUAUGUGCUAAAAAGUGGCCUAUAUGGAAUUUAAAUUGGGUUGGGGGCACUUUUCACCAUCUUACCCGGCUAGGCCCUUUCUUGAGUUUAUGGAACUUAUCAGUUUUUCUAAAUUAAGCGUUUCAAAUCAAAUUUUUUAGGAAGUGUUUUUAAAGGGACGAUUAUUCUUUAGUUUUUAAAAUGCGUUUUAUCCAAUGUUGCCUACUUCUUAAAUGUAUAUAACAAUAAAAGCAAUACCAUUUUGGAUGUUACAUAGGUUGUUAAUAAACAGAUGAAAAGGUGUGUUUGUCUAAGAACAGGUAUAUAUUUGCAAUGAUAUAGAGAUUACUGUAGUUAAAGAAACUAUGCAAAAGAUUAGAGGUGAUAGUGGAUACAGUUGAUAGCUAAUAAAUCAAUAAUUCUAUACAUUUAUCUUCGAUUAAAUAAUUAUGUUAUUGUGGUUUCAAUGGAAACUAUUAAACUAUUUUAAUUAAUGACGAAGGUAGAAUACCUUAAAACUUCUCCAUGGCUCUGUCAGCAGAUAUGAAGUGUUCAUUUAUUAGUAAGUUUCCUAGUUGUAAGGCAUUCUAACUUUGUUAUUAUUAAAGAUUUUUUACAAAAUUUUCAUCAUAUCUAUCUGGAGGUUCUUUGAAUCCAGCGCUGUUACAAUAUUUUUAACAAAUAAAUGUUAAUACAAAAUUUUAUGGUAAAUUUCAUACGGGGUGGCUCUACACAGUAAUUGUUUUUGUUAUACUACAGAGUUUUGUGAUUACAUAGUGAUACAUAACUCAAUUUUGUUUUGUGAGAUUUAUUAUUUAUUUAUCUAAAACAUCGGUAUGCAUACCUCCAUUGUCGCAACACAACUUGAUAAUAUGUUCGUAUGUUGAUCCGUCUCAGCAUGUCAGGAGCCACUGACGAAAAGCUUGGCGAACUCCGUUUCUCAAGUGUUCAUUCGAAAUAUAUCUUCGUUUUCUAACCUAAUCUUCAAUGAAACCGCUCAGUGUUUUGUCCAGCGCUGUCAAAUCUGGACUUCUUGGAGGCCAAGGCAUUGGUACCGGGCAGUUUGGAGUACCUCAUCGACUCUAUCGGUCCGGGAAGAUUUUACUCAGGCGUUUACGGACAGUGAAAGUAAAAUGGGGUGGAGCACCAUCUUGUUGAAAAUAAACACUGUCAACAGUUCCCUGAGAUCUCAAUUGCGGCAGUAGCCACUCGUUGAUCAUCUGUCGAUAAGUAUGUUGCAAUAUUAUUCUUAUUAGGUACUGUAAAGAGACUUUCCAGCCACCCUGUAGAUAGAUAUACGUAUCUAUGAGAUUUAGUAUAAAGAAUAGACUAUUAACUGGAUUAAUAUCAAUUGUUAUUGAUUUACCUAGGGACUACCUGUCCACCAUUAUCUCUAUUCUUUCUUGGCCCCUUAGUAACCCAGACCCUGCGUGUAUUGUAAUACAAAUCCAAAUGUUAGUUAUUAAAAUGAAUGUCUAUAUAAAUAUAUGUAUACAAGUCAAGAUAUAAAAUGUAAAAAAAAAUAAAAGCAAUAAUGUGUUAUGAUAUAAUAUAAACCUGUAACUAUUUUGCGAGUUAUUGUGUAUCAGCAGGUAUGCGGUAUUACCAGUUAUUUUUUUAGAGCCCUAAAAUAAAAUAUAGCUUUAAUGUAAUAUUUUUUAUUUGAAAGAAUAAAAAAGUAUUCUUUUUUGAA